CUGUGCUUGUGUUGUUGUCAUGUCGAGAUACUCGCAGGUCAUUCAACUGGCAAUUUCAUUAUUCCAAUUAGUUGUAACGGCAGAGAUGUUGCGUCCGUUUGUUGUAAAGUUUGUUGCUAGAGUGCUGCUGUUGCUGCUGAUUUGUUACUACAAAGGAAAACACAAUAAAAAAGUGGCCGAGUCCAUCCACAGUAGGAACAAAGAAUCCACUGAGACAAAGACUAUGUGCUCUUUAGGCCAAGCAAAGAAGAAAACGACGCCGGACAGAGUUGACGUUAGCAACACAGAAAUAAAGAGCUUGGUCCUGGGAUCAUAAGAUCAUAGCAAAAUGAAGGACAGAGACCAGGCCGUUGUCAGAGAUGCAAUUCAUUUGAGGGCCGUUCAAAGGUGUUGAAAAAAAAGUGCGAGAUGCGUAAUAUUCGAGUGUUGAGAAUAAAGAAAGCGUAUAGGACAAGUGUUGCUCGAGUGGUGACUGAAAGGAACGUGAGAUGCGGCAAAGCUGAAUUCAAUGGAGCGUGUGUGAGUUGGCAAUUGAGCAGGUCCAGUGUUGGAAUGGCGGCGAGCAGUACGUAAUAAAAAAAACAAGUAGAGCAAAAAGAAGU